AUGUCCUCUGAACCUGAAGAUAAAGCUCCGUCUUUCUCGUCUCCCAAAUCAGUGCAACCUUCACUUAAUCCACAGCACAGCGCGGCAGCGUUUAUGAUGGAUUUGGAUCUCGAUCUCGAAUCUUCCUGCUCGUUGGACCAGAUCUUUGCAAAUCCUAUGUCGUCGUUUCUGCUUUCGAAUUCGGAGCAGCCUUGUUCGCCUCUAUGGGCUUUUACAGAUGAGUAUAACGAUUGUAAACCGGCUGGAAAUUACGUCUCUAGUGGAGGUUUCAGCCACUCCAACUGCUCCAGGCUUAUGUCUUAUACGGGUAAUCCUGAGUCAAUGACCGAAAAUCCAGUGGAAAAUGAUCAUAAAAGAAAACUGCCUUCACCACUUCUGGGAUUGAGACCAAUUGAUAAUCCAGAUGAGUCUUUUAUAAUCAAGGAGAGGAUGUCGCAGGCUCUUCGAUACUUUAAAGAUUUGACUGGAGAGCAUGUCUUGGCUCAGGUUUGGGCACCAGUGAAGAAUGGUGGUCGGUAUGUGCUGACUACUUCAGGGCAGCCCUUUGUUCUUGACCCAAACAGUAAUGGACUUCAUCAAUAUAGGCUAGUCUCUCUGAUGUAUAUGUUUUCUGUGGAUGGAGAGACUGAGGGAGCCCUUGGACUUCCAGGUCGUGUAUUUCUGCUAAAGUUACCUGAAUGGACGCCUAACGUGCAGUACUAUUCUAGCAAAGAAUUUCCACGGCUGGACCAUGCUCUGAAUUAUAACGUUCGUGGAACUUUAGCUUUGCCUGUAUUUGAACCUUCUGGACAGUCCUGUGUUGGUGUACUUGAGCUCAUAAUGACUUCCCAGAAAAUUAAUUAUGCUCCUGAGGUUGAUAAAGUAUGCAAAGCACUUGAGGCUGUGAAUUUGAAAAGUUCAGAGAUAUUGGAUCAUCCAAGCAUACAGAUAUGCAAUGAAGGUCGCCAAAAUGCACUGGCUGAGAUCUUGGAGAUACUAACAGUGGUAUGUGAGACUCACAAAUUACCUCUCGCUCAGACGUGGAUUGCUUGUAGACAUCGGAACGUCCUAACAGAUGGCGGAGGUUUUAGGAAAACUUGCAGUAGCUUUGAUGGAAGUUGCAUGGGACAGGUAUGCAUGUCGACAACUGAUGUAGCAUAUUAUGUGGUGGAUGCGCACAUGUGGGGCUUCCGCGAGGCCUGUGCAGAGCAUCACUUACAGAAGGGCCAGGGAGUUUCUGGGAGGGCAUUUGCGUCACUUGACUUGUGCUUCUGUGAGGAUAUCACGCAAUUCUGCAAAACUGAGUAUCCCUUGGUACAUUAUGCUCGCAUGUUUGGGUUGAAAAGCAGCAUUGCAAUUUGUUUACGGAGCCGGCAUACUGGAAACGACGAUUAUGUUUUAGAAUUCUUUCUGCCUCCGAAUGUCCAAGGCCAAAAUGACCAAAGGACCAUGUUGGAUGCAAUGUUGAUGACAAUGAAACAGCAUUUUGGGAGCCUGAGGGUUGCUUCAGGGAAUGACCUCGAACAUGAAUGGAGACCUAUUGAGAUUAUAGAAGCAUCCAUGGAUGAGAAACCUAAUUCAAGGCUCGAUUUUGCUGCAAAUUCUCCCCCAAAGUCUGCUGCCUUGCCAAAUGAAGAGGCGGUGCAUCUUCAUUCAUUGGAAAAGCAGCAAUUGGUUGGAUUUAAUGCUACUAAUAAUGAAGGAAAUGCUGUAUCUUUUGUUAAGAAUAAAGAACAGGUCAAGAAAUCAGAGAGAAAACGAGGAAAGGCAGAGAAGACAAUCAGCCUAGAGGUUCUGCAGCAAUACUUCGCCGGGAGUCUUAAGGAUGCUGCCAAGAGUCUUGGUGUUUGUCCUACUACCAUGAAACGCAUCUGCAGGCAGCAUGGGAUCUCUAGAUGGCCCUCUCGUAAGAUUAACAAAGUUAAUCGUACUCUUUCUAAGCUAAAACACGUAAUUGAAUCUGUACAAGGUGCUGAAGGAGCAUUCAGUUCGACUUCUUUGGCUACAAGUUCGAUUCCUGUUGCUGUUGGUUCAAUUUCAUGGUCAGCAAGUAUGAACAAGCCCAAUCAACAAAGUUUGCCGAGGUCUAGACCAUCUGAAUUUCGAGAGAAUAAGCAUGAAUUUCCCACCCAUCAAGCACCUGGAGGUGAUGAACUGGCAGAGACCUUAGGAGCCGAGGAACUUGUUCCGCAGCAAACUGGAACUUUGGUCUGUGAAGGUUCAAACAGAUCAAAACCAGGGAGUGGGUCGAGAGAAGAAAGCACGGGGACCCCAACUUCUUAUGGUUCAUGCCAAGAUAGUCCUUUUCUUGGAAAUGAAAACUGCCUACAAAAUGAUCCAGCCGUUUCACCCGUCAAUGAAAAUCACAUAAAACUCACAAGUUCACUUGAGUUGAAAUGUCAACCAAUGAGGGAGAUUAAUUUAUCUGUAGCAUUGUCGUCGCCCAAACCCGAUGCUUUUGUUACAGCACCCCAAGAGCCAUUUGGAGGAAUGCUAAUUGAGGAUGCAGGAAGCUCACGCGAUCUUUGUAAUCUGUGCCCAGAUGGCGAGACUUUGUUUGAUGCACACAUCCCAGAAUUCAGUUGGACGAAACCACCGAGUUCUGAUGCAGUUCCCAGUUCCACGGUUGUUCCUAUUGAUCGAAUGCCACUGUUUUCUACCGAACUGAAAACCAUCACGAUAAAAGCCACUUACCAAGAAGAUAUUAUUAGGUUUCGACUCUCUUUGGGAUCAGGCAUUAUUACGUUAAAGGAGGAAGUGUCAAAGAGGCUGAAGAUAGAUGUUGGCACGUUCAAUAUCAAGUACGUAGACGAUGAUCAAGAGUGGGUUCUAAUUGCCUGCGAUGCAGACUUGCAGGAAUGCAUUGAUAUUUCGAUGUCAUCAGGUAGCAACAUAGUCAGAUUAUUGGUUCAUGAUAUUAUGGGUAAUCUUGGGAGCUCCUACUAG